GUGUUCAAGGGAUACCAUUAGGAAGGAGAUCCUUGCCUCUGGCUUUUCGGAUGGAAAGGCAUGGAUGAGUCAGUAGAGAGGAUCUCCAGGUAGACCCGGAAACAGUGACUGGAAAAAAUCGGAAUGUCGAAGAAAACCACAGAAGCACUCCUCAGAGUCAUUAACCCUCAGCAUUCAAGGAGCUUGAGAUGUAUCCAGCCUAGGAUGAAGACUCGGGGAUAUCUGAUUGGCCAAAUGCUGACCAAAUGCCAGCUCAAGUGCCCAGAGCCAGGAAUGUCACGGUGCUAACAGUCCAUGGCUCUCCCAGGCUCUGAGAGGGUUUUGCUCUGACUACAGUCCCCUGGCUGUGCCAGGACUACAUUUUGCUGCUACAGUGUCUCCAGGCCCCUGGUCUACCCUGCCGGCCCUUGGCCACGUGUCACCAUGGGCAGUGUCAGCAGCCUCAUCUCAGGCCACGGCUUCCAUAGCAAGCACUGCCGCGCCUCGCAGUACAAGUUGCGCAAAUCCUCCCACCUCAAGAAGCUCAACCGCUACUCGGAUGGGCUGCUGAGAUUUGGCUUCUCCCAGGACUCAGGACGCGGCAAGUCUAGUUCCAAAAUGGGAAAAAGCGAAGACUUCUUCUACAUCAAGGUCAGCCAGAAGGCCCGAGGCUCCCACCGCCCAGACUACACAGCCCUAUCCAGUGGGGACAUGGGGGGGCAGGCUGGCAUAGAUUUUGACCCAGCCACCCCACCUAAGCUCCUGCCCUUCUCCAAUCAGCUGGAAAUGAGCUCAGACAAGGGGGCAGUGAGGCCCACUGCCUUCAAGCCUGUGCUGCCACGGUCAGGAGCCAUCCUCCACUCUUCACCCGAGAGUGCCAGCCACCAGCUUCACCCCAUGCCUCCAGACAAGCCCAAGGAACAGGAGCUGAAGCCAGGCCAGUGCUCAGGGGCACUGUCUGACUCGGGCCGGAACUCCAUGUCCAGCCUGCCCACGCAUAGCACCACCAGCAGCUACCAGCUGGAUCCUCUGGUCACCCCCGUGGGGCCUACCAGCCGUUUUGGAGGUUCAGCCCACAACAUCACGCAAGGCAUCAUCCUUCAGGACAGUAACAUGAUGAGCCUAAAGGCUCUGUCGUUCUCUGAUGGGGGCAGCAAGCUGGCUCACCCAGGCAAGGGAGACAAGGGCUCGUCAUGUGUGCGUUCCCCGCUCUCCACGGAUGAGUGCACCAUCCAGGAGCUGGAGCAGAAGCUGCUGCAGAGGGAAAGCGCGCUGCAGAGGCUACAGCGCAGUUUCGACGAGAAGGAGUUCGUCUCUGGCCCGACCUUUGAGGAGCGGCCAAGGCGAACCCGGGACGAGCUGGAGUGCCUGGAACCCAAGAGCAAGCUGAAGCCAGCCUCGCAGAAGAGCCAGCGCACACAGCAGGUGCUCCAGCUGCAGGUGCUGCAGCUGCAGCAGGAGAAGCGGCAGCUGCGGCAGGAGCUCGAGAGCCUCAUGAAGGAGCAGGACCUGCUGGAGACCAAGCUGCGCUCCUACGAGCGGGAGAAGACCAACUUCGCCCCUGCCCUGGAGGAGACCCAAUGGGAGGUGUGCCAGAAGUCAGGUGAGAUCUCUCUUCUGAAGCAACAGCUCAAAGAGUCCCAGAUAGAGGUGAACACCAAGGCCAGUGAGAUCCUCAGUCUCAAGGCACAGCUGAAGGACACACGGGGCAAGCUGGAGGGCAUGGAGUUGAAGACCCAGGACUUGGAGAGUGCCCUGCGCACCAAGGGGCUGGAGCUGGAGGUCUGUGAGAAUGAACUGCAGCGCAAGAAGAACGAGGCAGAACUACUGCGAGAGAAGGUGAACCUGCUGGAGCAGGAGCUGCUGGAGCUGCGGGCCCAGGCUGCCCUGCACCGAGAUGCUGCCUCCCUGGGGCCUCUGGGGGUUGGGCCUACUUUCUCAGAGGAUAUCCCUGCUCUGCAGCGGGAGCUGGAGCGACUUCGGGCUGAGCUGAAGGAGGAGAGGCAAGGCCAUGACCAGAUGUCCUCUGGCUUCCAGCAUGAGCGGUUGGUGUGGAAGGAAGAGAAGGAGAAAGUGAUUCAGUACCAAAAGCAGCUGCAGCAGAGCUACUUGGCCAUGUACCAGCGCAACCAGCGUCUAGAGAAGGCCCUGCAGCAGCUGGCCCGUGGGGAUGGUGCAGGGGAGCCCUUUGAAAUUGACCUGGAGGGAGCUGACAUCCCCUAUGAGGACAUCAUAGCCACUGAGAUCUGAGGGGCUGCCUAGGGGAUGGAGGGAUGGGGACUGGACCCCAGAAGGCAGGGAGGGCUGAGUAUGUUCAAAGAAGCAUUUUGAGCACCCCCUGAGGAGAAGUCAACUCUGGGGCCCAGACUCAGGAGUCCCCAGUGGUGGGUAGGGGUCACCACACAGCCUUUCCUUCCCUCUUGCCUUUUCCAGUCUAACUAACCCUGCUGCUUAUUGGACCUUGAUCUCUGAACCCCAAACUCUCCUCGAGAUGUGUUCAGGGAGCUUCUUCAUGUACUGGUUGAUGUUUCCUUCAGCUUUGGUCUCAUUCAAAGUAGUGAGAAAAGCACUCCACCAGGGAAGGGGGCAACUGCCAUACAGGCCACAUGGCUACCCAGGGACAGACACAUCUUCCCUGGCAUCCCCAACCCCUGGCCUCCCCUAGGCAUAUUGGGGUGCCUUGAGAUAGAAAGAAGCCAUGCACAACCAGAAGCCUUGGACACUCUUCACUACGGCCUGUUCUUCUCUGACCGCGGAGGUGGAGGGGUUUGGAUUGCCACACGGUUUAGCCAGCAAGCCAUGGGACGAGAGGGGAUGGAUGGACAGUCCCACGUUACAGAACCUUCACAGGCCUCACAGGCGUCAGAGUGAGAGGUGAAGGGAGAGAACAUGGCAGACAGUGGGAUCCAGGGUCUAAAAUGAGCUGCACAGCCCCUUUGACCUCAGUGGUCACCCUUUUUAAAGCCAUAGACGUUGGGGGCCCAGGUAGGGUACCAGGAAACGACAUGAGGCACAGCUUCCCGGCUGUUCCAGAGGAGCCUCCUACUUCAUCAGCCGAGGCCAAAUCAGGGACUUCCUGAAUGGUUCAGUUGACCAGCAGCCAAUAUGGAAUCUGCCUGCCUCCCCCCACUCCCCCGCUGCCCCCCCCCCCCCCGAACAUCAAGCUCUUGCUUGGAUCCAGAAUAGCCCAUCCACUUAGAUAGUGUGUGGGGGAGCUGGGCAUUAGCCUCCCUGGCCUGCAGCCCAAGUCAGCAGCAGCUCUUCCCUUCCAGCAUCUUCUAUAAGGGCUGUGUUCUGAAUCUUCAUAGAUUAGGAAGAAGGGUCACCAGAGUGCCAAGUGGGUCGGCGGAGUCGAGGCGGGAGGGAUCCAGGGCACACACACAGAGCCUUGUGACUAGCCCAUGCCACUCACGCUCCUCCCUCCAUGUGGAGCCCCGUGCUGUGAAGAUUCAGUCUAGAGAGCAGUGUGCGUGCGAACCUGUGGGAGCCUGGACUUAUCCUUUGAAGACAUCCAGUGCUAGGGGCAGAGGGAAGUACAGUUGCUUAGUUCAAGGAAUUAUCUUCUUCUCUUCCCUCCCCCUCCCAUUCUGUAUUUUCCAAAGCAAGCCAGAUUAAGCAGGCAGCCAGGCUGCUCCAUAUUCUAUUUUUGGCCCCUACCACAGCUGUUGUGGGUAGGGACACCCAGCCCUUGUUGGAUUCCUGAGCCAUGUGCUUGCCUGGUGGGCGGGACCCAGGGAAUAGGAGAUGGGAGGGUCUGGGUGCUUGGCGGGUCCAGGAACCAAGUCUAGCUCUACCUCCCUAACACUGGCCCCUGGAGUCUCUGGGUGGACUCCAGCCCGCUGACCUUGUCUUCCCGCAGGCUUCCUUCCUUGCCUAGUGUCUGCAGGCUAGGCACCUCCCCUGUAGAUGGCGCUGCCGUCUGAUCCUGGGGCUAGGCUUGGCUUCUCCAAGGUCAAGUGUUUUCUGGUCUACCAUUUCCCAUAGCCACAUGCUCGAGUUAAACCUGGAAUCAAUCUACAGGCCAAAGACGACAUCCCCAACUUGCAGGGUCAUACUCUCCCUUGGGCACAGCUCCCAGCCCAGAUAAAAAGUCCAUGGCCCUCCGUCCUUUGCUCUCUACCAGUCUGUGCCUUGUGUGAGUCCUCUUUCCCACUGAGACUGUCCAGCAGAGGGAGAACAAGAUGAGGGUUGGUUAGCCGUGCCUCCCUAAACCGGGGGACUCCGCCUUCUGAAAGAACAGUCAGGAGCUCAGUGCCGUGCCGUGGAGUCCUUGUUCAGGAAGAAGCCAGUGUCAUGCCUGGGGCAGGCACACGGGCACAAAGCGUGUACUCUGUCUCUGUGCUGGGUACCUUCUACUCACGGGGAGUUCUGCCCACGGCACUGCCCAGUGGCCCUGCCCCAGGUCAUCUUUGAGACCUUUGCCUGGGACCUGUCCAACAGUCAAGAUGGCAGACACCCACCCAAGAUGGCUAGACCCCAAGGUACCUCCAAGAUGCUACUGUGCUGUAACCCAGUAACCCUGCCUUCCUGGGGGCUUUCUUUCCCUCGCUGUCCUAAAGCCUUCUUGCUAUCUGUGGUCCAUGCCCAUGUUGGAAGAGUCAUUGAGUAGGGACUGGGGUGUGCGGGCUCAGGGCAGACAAGUCGCCAGCCAUGGUUUGUGUCUCAGAUCCAUGCUGUUCCCCAGAGGUGCCUGGCCUGGGAAUGCUGCUGCUCUCCGAAGGAAGAAUACCAGCCAGCAUCACCUCACAGAAAGGGCCUGCCUCAGGUCUUGCAAUGCCCAGACUCCCAUGGGGCACCUCCUUGCUCCUUUCUAUUCUCCCUAGGUGAACUUCAGCUUCAGCGGAGGACCAUGUGGGGGACUUGGCCUCUUUCCGAGAGACACUGGCUGGUCCUCUUGGCCCUGGCUCCAGCUUGGCUGUGUCUUUGGUGCGAGAGAUGUCCCAGGUAAAGCCAGGCUGGACCAGAGAUUUCCCUAGGAUCUGAGCUCUCCUCAGAUGCCACAUAGAGACCCCAGCACCCCUCAGCGGCACCUCCUUUCCCUGUGGACCACUCUGGAGCCCGUGGCAGAGGCUGGCUUCCGGGGGCCUGGUGUUCUGAAGACUGUGUACAUAGUUAUUUUUCUCUCCCUUGUUCCUGGUUUGCUUUGCUCUUGACGGCUUCAUUUUUGUUUUAUUUUUGAAGUUCUUUGUUGGCUCUGUAAACUAUUUCUGGUAAUUUUAUGUUUUUAUUUAUGAAUAAAGAAUGCCAUUUCUCACGUC